GGAGCCGCAUCCUGCGGAGGGGCGGGAGCAGCCGGGCUGGCCCCGCGCCAUGCAGAGGAGGAGCAGCAAAUCCCCGGAGCACGUUAAAAAGCGAGGCUGAGCGGCAGCCGGGGAAGGAAGAAAACACCUCCAUAGAAGGCAGCGGAGGAACGGCCGCAGCAGCUCGCAGGGGCCGCGGCUGCCGGCCCCAAACUUUCCGCCGGCGGCUCGGCCGCGCCCGGCCGUGGAUGCGGCUUUUUGGGCCGGGUCGCUAAAGCUGCAGCCCCCCGCAGCAAGAUGCUCGCCGCGCUGCCCAGCCUGCUGGCCUGGCUGGCCGUGCUGCUGCUCGGCAGGGCCCGCCCGGCCGACGCCUGCAGCUGCUCGCCCAUCCACCCGCAACAGGCCUUCUGCAACGCGGACGUAGUGAUCCGAGCAAAAGCUGUCUCUGCGAAAGAGGUGGAUUCAGGGAACGACAUAUACGGGAACCCCAUCAAACGAAUCCAGUAUGAAAUCAAGCAGAUCAAGAUGUUUAAAGGCCCUGACCAGGACAUAGAAUUCAUCUACACGGCUCCAUCCACUGCCGUGUGCGGCCGGCUGCUGGACACCGGCGGGAAGAAGGAGUAUCUCAUUGCAGGCAAGUCUGAGGGCAAUGGGAAGAUGCAUAUCACGCUCUGUGACUUGGUCUCCACCUGGGACUCGCUGAGCCCAACCCAGAAGAAGAGCCUAAAUCAGCGGUACCAGAUGGGCUGCGAGUGCAAGAUCUCGCGCUGCCUCUCCAUCCCCUGCUUCGUCUCCUCCUCGGACGAGUGUCUCUGGACAGACUGGGCGAUGGAGAAGAACAACGUGGAUGGGCGGCAGGCGAAGCACUAUGCCUGCAUCAAGAGGAGCGAUGGCUCGUGCGCCUGGUACCGUGGCAUGGCCCCCCCCAAGCAAGAGUUUCUCGACAUCGAGGACCCCUAAGCCAAACGAGCGCAUUCCAGUAGCCAGUAGAAAAAAAGACAAAAAAAGAAAAAAAAAGGAAAAAAAAAGAGGAAAAAAAAAAAAAGAAGAAAAAAAUAGCCCAAACCUGGGAGAUGUUAGACUGGGUCCACGCUGAUAUCAGUUCCUAGAGACAGCAUGAAAAUCCGCUCAGCUGUGGCGGGGGGAGGGUCCCCUGGGCUGUGGUGGCUGCCGUGCAUGGCAAGCUGUGGCUUUGUGCCAGGGCUGAGCCGGGCGUGGGAAGGUGUGGGAGCUGCAGCCCCUCCCAGCUGCAUUCAGCCCUGGCAGCUGUGAAAGAGUAGAACCCUUGGGAGUGGUGGGAGCUGCCCCGUCCACAUAGCAGGUCUACCGGUGCCCUCACCAUGGGGGACCUACCCCAGCAGUUCUUGCCAUGCAGUUCUCCCCACUGCAGUGUCCUUGGGACCCCCUUGUCCCCCCCUCCCCACCCCACUGCCUGUCCCUCCCUUCGGGGGUGCAGGAAGGGUACAAUCUCCAGGCAGGGGCUCUAGGGGGCUUUACUAUGUGGCAGAGCCUUUGGCCAUGUGUGAGGGUCUAUGGAACCUUUACAGGGCUGGGCCGCUUCUGCACCUGAAAAGCCAGAAGGGGGUACAUUAGCAUGCAUGCUCCUGGGCACUGCUACCCCUCUUGCCACACACUCCUCUUCCCAUGGGGACACAGAGGUGAGUGCAGGGUUCACCACUAUUCCCAGCAUCAUAGUGAGGUCUAUUUUAGCUUCACUCUCCUGCGUAGGUGGGGAGCUGCUGCCAGACCUCGCUGCAGCCGUUGCCAAUGGACAGGCCCAGAUCGACUCCCCCACCCUUGCAGGCGGGCAGCAGGGUUGGGCAGGAAGCUCCCCCUCAGCUGGGCACAGGCACUAUGAGCUCUGGCAGUUCAGGCAAAGGAUGUUCAUCAUCGCCUUGUGCAGGUGUUGGACGAGCUGUGCCAUGGCCUUUGGCACUGCUGCAGUGUUUUGGCCAGGUGCACUCUCUCCUCUGUGACAGCAGGGACAGAGCCUGGCAUCUGGCUGGGCACAGGUGGCAGAACAGCCACAGGAACACUCAUUCCCUUCAGUGAACCCUCCACACACCUCAGGCCCCACUUUCUCUGAGCCAUUCCCAUAUCGCAGCAGCACUGGUGCGUGCCAUGGAGCUGCCCAUCCACGAUGCAGGCCCUGGCACACGUGCCCAAGGCCCCCCCUU